AACAUUUUUAGCACGUUUCAAACGUUUACUAAUAAAUCAAAAACGUUUAAUGAAAUCUUGUUACGCUAAAAUGAAAAUAUUUCCAUUUGAUUAUAGCAUAAAAUAUUGUAAAUUAUAAUAGUUGUAUGGGAAUUGCCAUUUUAUGUGGUUAAACCAUGAACCUUGAAACGUUUCCACAACAAAUCCCCCAAUAGCAUGAAUAAUUUCUAAAUAGUAUAAAAUCAAGAAACAUUAAAUUUCUUAUGAAACUAAGUCACGAAACGGUGACAAUCGAAUUAAAAAAUGGAACUCAAAUUCAUGGCACAAUCACAGGAGUAGACGUAGCGAUGAACACUCAUUUAAAGUCUGUUAAAAUGACCAUUAAAAAUAGGGACCCAGUUCAAUUGGAGUCCCUAAGUAUUCGCGGCAACAAUAUACGGUACUUCAUACUGCCCGACAGCUUACCAUUAGAAACACUGCUCAUUGAUGAUACACCAAAAUCUAAAACUAAGAAAAAAGAUAGCAGUCGUGGUGGUAAUCGUGGCAGAGGACGUGGCGCACGCGGACGUGGUGGUCCUCGUGGUCGUGGGCGUGGACGGGCAGCCGGUAGACGAUAAGAUUUUAAUAUACUUUACUGAAAUUAAAUAAAACAUUAAAGAUAGAAACAGGAAAUUGAAUUUUUUUAUUCGUAUGAUGUAUAUUUAUACAUAUGUAUGUAAAACUACCGAUUGAACUUGAAUAUGAAAUUUUUAAUACCAAGAAUAAAAUAUUCUGUACAUAGUGAA